AUUAUAUAUAACGGACAAAAUAACAAACAUAGAAUUUCAUAAACAACGAACAUCGUUUGAACUCAUUGUAAACAUUUCUUACAUUUCUUGCUUUUGCGCUGAAACAGUUCAGCGUCCCAAAUUUUGUCUAAAUAUUUCAAAAAUUUCGAGCCUUGUACCGCAAGCGAUGUAGGGUAUAAUGAGAGAUUGGUCUGUUUUAAGUAAUUUGAACGUUGUAACGUUCUGGUUGUGCAAAAUGCGAAUGGAACCAUAUACAGAAGAUGUAUUAACUGUGGGGAUUAGAAUUUUUAUUGCGCAUCUUCAAAAAUCUUGUACUUAUUAUGCCAUUCGUUACAGAAUAUUUCUCUUUGUUCCCGUCUGGUUUGUAAGUAUUUCAAAAUUUUAGCAAAAUUCGUUUCCUGUAACAUUUCUGUUUUUGUUGCUUAUAUAGUUGCCAUCCAUCAUUCCCGAUAUAUUUACAAUCGAUUUUGUCUCUUCGCUGCAUCAAUAAACAGACAGACACUAAGCUCAGAAUCACUUGCCGAACAACUCUAAAUACAAUAGCGAAAUAAGCACUAAAAUAAGUAAAUAAUAAUAUUGUACACAAAAUCUAUCCCCUACUCUACUAAAGCCUAAACAAAGAAUUCUGUGUUUACGUUGGUUCAUUUUUACACAUCUCAGCGAACUUUCGGUUGUUGGUUUGUUGAAUAACAGAAGAAAAAAAACACAAACCUUUUUAUAUUUGAUUUUCAUUGGCUGAAUUCCAGAAGAGGAGGAAAAGGAGAUCAAGCUAAAGGUGUAAAACAUCAAUCAUAAGGAAUCAGUAAUUAAUAAAAGGCCAUCAGUUUCAUUGUCAGCAAAUCUAAUCAAUUACUCUAAAUAAACAAAACAAAAAAAAAAAAACAAAAAAGUUCGUUGCAAAUACAAACAAUCACAAAACUCGAUUUUUAUAAAAUGGUCGGCAGAAAAAUUGGAAAAGGGUAUCAGUUAUAUGGUUUUACACACUGCAUCAUUAAGGGGAAACACGUGGCAAAAUGUAAGAUUUGCGAUAAGGAAUUGCAAAAUACAGCUGAAGCGCGGAUGAGAGCUCAUUGGAGUGCGUGCGCCGUUACUCCAGCGUCAAAGGAUAUUCAUGAGUUAACGCAUGAGUCUGCGUGCAAACGGCAAAUUGGCUGCUCCGGAAGAUCAAACUACUUAGACUAUGCAAAAAGGGCGAGAACCGAUAACGAUCUUAUACGUGAAGGUGAAAAUGCGUCUAUUCGAGAUGAAAAGGUGAACAUUUUGAACUGCCCCGAAGCGCGAAAAGGACGAGAUAAUAUAGCUCUAAAUGGUUUGCCGUUUGUAAUCAAUGCCGCUGCUUACGAAAAUGAUGAAGAUGAUGAUGACUUAUUGUCGAACAUUGAAAAUGAUUCAGGUGUUAUAGAAGAUGCAGUAUUAUAUUCGGGUAAUAAUUCGCAAUUGCGGCAGGAACUGGAAAAUGCGGCAGCCGAGUAUUAUCACACAAAAGCUUUAUGUUACGCAAGACUUGCUGAAAAUUCCGAAUACAAGAAAACCCUUUUACAAUUAGAAAUGAGAAAACUGCAUUUACAGAGACAACAGAGCUAAAAAAAACUAAAAAGUAUUAACAUUAAGUCACGGCGUUAAGAAUUACUUUUCUUGUUUUCUAUAUUCAACAAAUGAAGUACACUAGUCUGCAGCGUCUUUCUUUUCUUAUUGAAAAAAGAAACUUCUGAACCCAUAUAUAAAUUUCAAAAUAACUGAGAAAUAGUUGUC